AAAAGCGGAGGAAACACAAAAGGACUGCUCGCGAAACGGCUUUUAAGCCCCUUGUUUGUUGUAAACAGAAUGAUUGGUUUCCAAAUUACCCUGGUGUUUAUAUGGUAUUUAUUUGUGUCUGCCGGAGCGCGGAGAGCGGGUGCUGAAGACGGAGAGACUUCGGAGAAAAUUAACAGCGCAAGAUGCACCUCGCGCUGCCUCACUCUUCACAUGACGCAGCUCACCGCGUCUUUCAGGCAUCUGCAGAGCGAUGGGGUCUUGGGCUGGUGCGACAGUCACAGAAGAUGCUCCCAGUGUCUUCAGCCAUGCAAGGACUUGUGGGAGCUAAGGACAGUUAUGUCACAUAAAGCGUGUGAGAAGCAUCACGAGUGUGUGACCAGCGCUGAGUUCCUGAGCUCGCUGCAGAUGCUGAAGCAGGGCGACUGUCCCCCGCCCCAGAAGGCCUCGGGCUUCGCUGCGGCCUGUGUGGAGAGCUGUGCUGGAGACCGCGAAUGCUCCGGCACCAAGAAGUGCUGCUCCAACGGCUGUGGGCACACCUGCCAGACCCCGGCCAACCUGUACAAGGGGGUCCCACUGAAGCCCAGGAAGGACAUGACCUUUGUGGAGGACCAUUUGGGUCAGCUGGAGGUGGCCUGGAUGUCCAAGUUCAACGUGUCGAUCGAGCCGGUUCUGUACGUCCUGCAGAGGAGGUGGAACUACGGGAUCCACCCCAGCGAAGAUGAGGCAUCCUCCUGGCAGACCAUUCUCAUGACCAUGGAGGACCGCGUGGUGCUGAAGGACGUUCGGUCCCACAGAUGGUACCAGUUCAGGGUGAGCGCGGUCAACAACCAGGGCACCCGAGGGUUCACCACUCCCAGCAAGCACUUCUUCUCCUCCAGAGACCCGUUCCCCCCGGAGGCCCCGCGGAACGUGCGGAGGGGGAACCUGACGGCGGGGGCCGGUGGCGUGAACGUCCUGCUCCUGUGGGACCCCCCCAGGGAAGGGGACCUGCCCGUCCACCAUUACAAAAUCACCUGGAGCCCCCGCGGGCCCCGCAGGACCGGCCUGGACAGGAAGGAGAACUCCAGGGUCACGGAGGAGGUUGCCAGGGAGACGGUGCUGGAGCAGCUGCGGCCGGGGACGGCGUACCUGGUGCAGGUGCAGGCGGUGGCGUACUGGGGCCAGAAACGACUGAAGAGCAGCAGGGCACAGCUGAGCUUCACCACACCAACCGCAGGUACCACCGCAACUGCAGGGUCCCCGGGGUUGUCCAAUCCAGGCGCGGUCACGGAGGAGGUGUCCAAUGAGCUUCCCUCCUCCCACUCGUCUCCGCCCAUCCUCCGGUUGGAGGCCGCCUCCCCCCACUUCCACAACAACCAGCUUCAGGUGAAAGUUUUCUGGAAGAAACUCCUCCAAGAUACCCUGAAAGAUUCUGCUGGAUACCUGUUGAGGUGGUAUCCAAUAGUGUGCGCUAACAAUGUGACAAAGGCUGAGAAGACAGCCAAUGUACAGGGAACCCACUAUGUCAUCACGGGCCUGCAGUUUGCCUGUAAGUACAGGGUCGCCGUGGCACCCUUGUCCGGGCGGGGCGAAAGGUCGGAGGUCGUGACCUCGGUGACGACCCCGCGGUGCUCGUCUCUGAAGGGGAGGGGGCUGAAGUCGGUGUCCUGCACUAAGGAAGGGCGCCACCUGCUGGCCAGAAAGGCGCAGCUGCGGCCGGAGAGGCUGACGGCGGCCUUCCGCACGGUGAACGGGAGCCUGCAGGGGGAGUUCAGCUGGCAGGUGUCACGGGUCGUCCCGGGACAGAGCCCCAUCGGCGGGUUCCAGUUCUCCUGGGCCCAGGUGUCCGCUGUCAGCGGAACCGGAGCGGCUUCAGACACACUCAUCUCCCAGACCCAGAUCCUGGCCCCGACCCAGAUGUCCCUCACAGUGGACCACAUGCAGCCAGAGAGCGUGUACAGGGUGCAGGUGCAGGCACUGACAGCAGGGGGCAGCGGUCCCUCCGUGGCACGGACGCUGCACACACCCCAGCUCAACAGCACGCUGCUAUGAGCUAAAGCAGCGCAUUUGCACCUCAGCUACUCUCCACAAAGCCCAUUCCAGCAACAACAACAGGAUCUGUUUAAAAAAGACUGUAACUUAAACAAUGAUUGUAAUUAAGCCAACACGUGUGUCAUCCCACUAACACCAACAUUGCAUGAUAUUAACGAAUAAUACAUUUAAAAAUUAUAAAAACAUAGUUUAUAAAUUCUAUCAAUUUCUUGUAUUUUAAAUAUUUCAAAAGUUUAAUUUUGUAUCACAUAGUCUUUUUUUACAUGUAAAAAUAUGUAGCCCUGUUGUAUGUAGUAGUACCAUUAUAUUUUAUUUUGGCCAGUAAAAAUGAGCUAUGCUUCAUUACUUUUUUUUUUUACAGUUUCCUUUAAAUAAAUAUUUGCACCUAGAGCAGUUAUUUGCCUUUACAAAUAUGACCCUCUUUCUGUGUGUUUUGUAGUGUUUGGAUUCAUGAAGACACAACUCCAUAAAUUAUUAAAAAAUUCAGACAGCCUGCAGCCAGUUUGAAUUAACCUGUAAAAUGUUCCUUCCACACAUCUCUGCUGGUUUAUUUAUUGUGAUGUAAUUAAAAGUGUAAUAAAUGUGUAAUAAAUGUGUAAUAAAUGUAUGGUGUUUCCAUGUCACGGUAGACAUUGGUGGCAGGAAGUUCGAGGACUGAACAGAAGUGGUAUGCUUUCUUCAUGUUUUUGUGUGACAGCUGGAUGCUGAACCAAACCAUAAGGAGAUCACACAAGUUCACAAAACACUGGAUUGAAGCAGUGUGAAAUAUCGCACUCUAUGAAGUCAUACUCAACACUGUGAUAAAGGUUACAGAAUAAAUCCCUCUGCAGUACAAUGCGUUUCACUCAAAGACCUGACCCAGACCAGAACCAUCUGUCAAAGGUGCAUUGCUUUGGGAAAAACAAUGCACAUUACUUUGCCAUAUAUUGUGUGUUCUCUUGUUCAUGUUUAUUUACUGUAUAAUAGCAUACUUUCUUUUGUAAAUAUUGUAUUUGCCUAUGUGUAUACUAUUGUGCAUCAUC